AAAUAGAAUAGCGGGUAGGGGAAUAGCGGGUCGCCGGCUUAUACAUGAGUUAGGUAGUAUUCAGUAGUGAGGCCUCCGUGAGGGCCGUAGUGAUCUAACAACAGGUGUUUGAGGUUUGACACUGCGAUUCCGGUUUCCUUCAUUUCUACUAGUGUUCACAUUAGUAUUCUUUUCAUUAUCGAAUAUAUUCCAAAUUAAUAAAACUCGUGGUACAUUGACCGCGAAGAAAACAUAAUUGUAAAUAAUCGUAAUGAUGUCGGAGACCGUUGUGACGAUGGACGGUUCCAGCAACAAUCCCAGCAACAAUCCUCGACAGGUGCCUACCGUGAAGACAGAACCGGUUCAACCUAGCCCUCUAGCAGACAUUAAAUUGAACGUGCCCUACUUCAUGACGAUACCCGGUAUUAUUAAACUCGUACAAGUGAUUCUUGGUAUAAUAUGCAUGAUAUGCGCAUCACCGGCUUAUGCCCCUGCAACCCAUUGGUUUCUAUUUGUCAUCGUAACAGCUUUCAUCGCCACUCUGUUAUGGUGUUUUAUUUAUUUGCUGUCGAUUCGGGAGGCGCUUAAAUUACCUAUCAAUUGGAUUUUAACGGAAAUGUUGAAUACGUCGAUAUUCACCGUACUUUACAUGAUUGCUUUCAUCGCACAGUUAUCUGCGUGGAGUGCGUUAAAUCAUAUAUACACAUCUAGAAAUAUUGCUGCAGGGAUAUUCGCAAUCUUUAACACGCUGGCGUACGCUGCCGGGACGUAUUUCCUCUACGUGGAAUGGAGAAGCAGCAGUAACACGCACUGAAGGGAAACAUAGGUACUCGAUACAAUAUUAGGUACCUGAAGAGCACCUACGACAAAGCUACUACAUUCGGGUUGUCAGCGUUCAUUCGUUCAUUCAACGACCGAUGACGGCCAUAAGGUUGUAAAAAAGAUCAAUGGGUCGAAGCUAGUCUAACCAGGCCCCAACUUGAUCGUGUGUGGUAGCUUAACAAGAAACUCUUAUGUGUACGUGCCUUAAAAAUUAGUUUCGACGAAUUGGUGGGUCGCGCCAAUUUGUGAUUACAUAGUUUUCUGGGAUUAUUCUCUGCCCGGAUAAAUGUAAAGAGGAAUGAAUUGAAUUCACUUGUUCAGGACGGGUUGCGUCAGAGAUAUCGACGAUUUCUUAAGUUUUUUGUUUUCACGAGUUUCGUCGAUUCUCUUCGUUACGUGAUUCAAUCUUUCACUGUAUAAACUGAUGUGCUAAGAAGGG